AAGGCCCAAGGCCCAAUUCCUCCCCCACUUUCCGCAGAAAACCCUAGCUGCAAGCCUGUAACCCCAUAUGCCACAGAGAUCUGCCCCGACGCCGUUCUAAACCCCUCCUCUUUCUCCCACCUUUCCACCCCUCUCGCGCGCCAAGGGAGGACACCGCCGCCGUAGCCACAGCAGGCGAGCGAGAUGGUGUUCGUGAAGAACCAGAAGACCAGGGCCUACUCCAAGCGGUUCCAAGUGAAGCCCAAGAGAAGGAGACAGGGGAAGACUGAUUACAGGGCCAGGCUCAGGCUCACUAACCAGGACAAGAACAAGUACAACACACCCAAGUACCGCUUUGUUGGAGCUUUGGAUGGUGGCCUUGACAUUCCUCACAGUGACAAGAGAUUUGCUGGUUUCAAGAAGGAUGAGAAGCAGCUGGAUGCAGAGGUUCACCGCAAGUACAUCUAUGGAGGGCAUGUUGCUGACUACAUGAAGUCACUAGCUGAAGAGGAACCUGAGAAGUACCAAUCUCACUUCAGUGAGUACAUUAAGAGGGGGAUCGAGGCUGAUGGCAUGGAAGCGAUGUACAAGAAGGUUCAUGCUGCCAUCCGUGCCGAUCCUACCAUGGCCAAAUCAACCAAGGAACCUCCAAAGACACACACCAGGUACAAUCUGAAGAAGCUGACCUACGAGCAGAGGAAGGCCAGUCUUGUCGAACGACUCAAUGCCCUCAACUCAUCUGCUGGUGCUGAUGUUGAUGAGGAUGACGACGAGUGAAGAGUGUAAUUGACCGCCCCUAGGCCCCUAUAGUGAUAUGUUUAUGCUUCUAGAUGAACUUGCUCUCUAUGCCAUUUACCAGUAGUUUUGCGAGAUUUUAGCACUCUGCACAUUAUGCGUGCCUCUCGAACUUGAGUAUCAUGCUGGAGUUCUUGAUUAUCUUAAUCUAUACAAGGUACUGGCAUUUUGACAUUGCUUUGAGUUUGUUGAUCUAGAAUUUGAUUGGUUCGCGAAUA